GGAAAUGUGCCCCAAAUGAAAAAAGGGUUCCUGGCUCCUGUCACCAUGCUGCCUACGAAGGUGGAAACCGAGAAGCAGGAUCUGGAGACAACCAGCGCCCGGAGCCGCCUGGAUGCCGUGCUGCAGUGUCUGCUGGAGAAAAGCGAUGUGGACCGGGAGCAGAUGGAUGAGGAUGUGGGGAAGACGCCCAGCGACCCGCUCAGCAAGGACUCCUCCCCCUCCGCUGCUGGGAAGAGGCCCUCAGCCCGGUUCUCCCAUCACCGGCGCAAGAAGAGGAAGGAGACCGAUGAUAGCUUGACCGAGGGCAGCCAGCAGAGACAGAACACCUACAUCAUCAAGCUGUUUGACCGGAGCGUGGACCUGGCGCAGUUUGCAGAGAGCACCCCGCUGUACCCCAUCUGCCGGGCCUGGAUGAGGAACAGCCCCGCCGUGCGCGAGAGGGAGCGCUCACCCAGCCCCCCACUGCCUGCCUUGCCUGAGGAUGAGGAGGGGGCCGAGGGGCUGAACGGGAAGAGCCAGGACGUGUACAAGCUGCCUCCUCCGUGUGCCGGCCCAGAGAGUGCGGGCGGGGAGGUGCCUGCCGGCCCCCUGCCCUCGAUGUCGUCGCUCAUCUAUAGGAACAUGGAGCGCUGGAAGAAGACCCGCCAGCGAAUGACCACACUGGGUCAGACCAAAGUCCUGUCAACUGACAGCGGCCAAGGCCAGAUGCUCCAGAAGGAGUGA